AUGAGGCAACUCAGACUCUCUUCACAACAGUAUGGUGGAAGUGAUUUGUUAAACAGCACCGCCACCAGCACCAAAACGAUGGUGGCGAGUGAAUCACCCUCUUUGAGCAGCACCGUGCUGGCGUGGGUAUACACACACUUUGAGGGUGCGGAAGUGUGUGCGCGUCGUUUGACGACUACGAGACGUGCACCCACGCAGAGGCGCGAGCCACGCAGCGUGCGCAAUCUGAAACGCAACGCCCCACCCUGCCAGCGCCUCCUGCAUCUCGCAGUGGAGUGGCCUUCACCGGAUGUGGGGAAACUUGCGGAAUUGGAGCAUUUCGAGGCGAAGAAAUGCAAUAAGCUUGAGCUGCGGAUCAUAUGA